GACGGGAGGAGGUGGAGUUAUGUGCUGGACGACGUGGAAUGCCCGCCCGGAACUAAGGCGCGGAAGGGACCGUCUCUGCGCGCCGUCCCGAUGCAGAGCCCCGUGGAUCCCUUGGAGGAGUUGAUGUCAUUCGUAAGAUCGUAUGUAGUGCCUGAAGGUUUUCCUGACAGUGUGACACCUUCUUAUGUCCCAUAUAUGAGAUGGAGGGCUUUGAAGCAUUUCUUUGGUGGAGCCAUGGGUGUUUUCACAACACGGACACUGUUAAACUAUGUAGGAGUAUCCAAAAAUACAGCUGCAUCAGGUGCUGUUGCCAUCAAUUGGAUACUCAAGGUAAAUUCUUUUUUUUUUCCCAGAAAAAUUAGUAGUCUAUGUUGAAUUCACUUAUUGCUUAUGUAAUGAUCUUGACUUAAAUAAUUAUGUUAUAGUUGUUUAAUUAUA